AUGGCUUUGAUAGCCACGGAACAGGGCGGUAACAGCAAAAUGAGCGGAACAUCGGCGAUAUAUGGCCGAAUUGAACCCAGGAAAGACUCUUUUCACGGGAAAAGUCAACCGAAAGAGGGAGACUAUUCCACGGACGGACUGCCAAAAGCGUUUCUUCACAGCCUGCGGACACUGUUUGACAUACUGGACGACGCCGGUCGCGGCUACGUCCAUAUAUCCGAGAUCGAAAGCCGUUGGCAGGGCGCCGACACUCGGGAGCUACCUGGCGGGGUGUUGAGCUGCCUCCGCCGGGUCACCCCUCCGCACGGCUGCCUCACGUUCGAGCGCUUCGUGGCGGGGCUGCGCUACUCCAUGCUGAACCCGGAGAACCGCUGCCAGUUGAAGGUGCAGGCGGCUGUGCCUCCACAGCCCGCCCCGCGCUCCGCAUGCACCCGGGUGGAGAACAAGGUCCGGCCACUGGGGCCGAGCAACGUGAGCAACAUCCAGCCACACCGCGCGUCCUCACUGAUGAGCCGUUCUAGGCCGGAGGAGGGAGCCGCUCACCCGGCAUGCGGACCGGCGAGGCACGGUGCGGGCUAUGAGAGAACCGGACGGAGUCUGGAACGGAACCCCGUUGCACAGGAGGCCUGUGGUGCUUACCGAGUGGAGCCGGGUCACAUCUCAAAAGCACCUCAGCCGCAGAGCCGGGUCCGGUCCAUCGAGUCACUGGCCCUGGAGUCACCUCAGGUCCAAGGACAAAGUGUCGCUAAGUCAAGUCUACCCAGGUCCCAAAGUGAGUCUGCGACAGGCUUCACCGGAGGCACCAGGCGCCACAGCCGCAGUCGGGAGGAGCAAAGGCGCCACACCAUCACCAAUGGAGUGGACUACGAAAUGCUAAAGCAAAUGAAGGAGCUUGAGCAGGAGAAGGACUCCCUGCUGGCAGGCUUGGAGGUGGUAGAGCGCGCCAGAGACUGGUACCAGGGCCAGAUCCACAGUGUCACUGAGCGACAGCGGCAGGUUGGGCAGAAUUCGCAAUGCACAGACUUUUUCACUGAAGCCAACACGAGUCGCAUUAACAUUCUUAUUCCCAAAUUACAAGAAGUCAACCGCUGCCUGAAUGACCUCAUUUGCUGCACUGGAAUGUCAUCCUUCACUCCUAGUGGCGGUCAGGCAGCAAUGCACUCCACGAGCUCACAGCCUCCGAUUCCAGCUCCAUCCCAAGCCAUCCUGAGACUGAAGGACCAGAACAGACUCCUCACACAGGAGGUGACCGAGAAAAGCGAACGCAUUGCUCAACUUGAGCAGGAAAAGUCGGCGCUGAUAAAGCAGUUGUUCGAGGCACGUUCUCGUAUUGCCCAGGACACAAGCACCAUGGACUCCACCUUCAUCUGA